UAUCCACUUAGGUCAUGUGCGAAGACCAAGAAGAAGAGAGUUCAACAUUCAUCAUUGUUUGACUGAGAUUCUGAUUUAAUUGCUUACCUAAAGCUUAAGCCGUUGGUUUUAGCAGCAUGGCAGAAGUAGACUUACAAGAAUUGAACGAACAGUUCGGCGUGCCGAACAAGGAUCUCGAGCCUGAUGUCGUCUCUGAGUUGCGAUCUAUUAUGCGGAUGCAUUCACUGUCCGCUCAGGACUUAUACUUCAAAUGGGAGUCCUACUGUAUCAAAAUGGAUAUGGAUGGAAACAGCCUGUCAGUGGAAAGCUUACGAGCCCUCAAACAAGAUAUCCAAGAUGCCUUAGAACGAAGCAAUCGGGCGCACCAAGUUCAUAUCAAGACAGAGAAGCGCUCAAGCGGGACACCACGUAAUGCUGUCAAGAGUACCGGUGAUGUCUAUGGCAUGUUGGAAGGGAUGGUUCCAAAUACCCCAGCUGCGGGAAAGCUCAACAAAAGUGCUUCCAAGAGGCGGAUUCCGCACGACACCCCCUCUAUAACAAGGGUGAAGGGUGAUAUUCUUAGCAGCUCACCUGAUUACAAAAAUCAAAGCCCAUUAAAAAUAGAGAGCCAACUAGACUCUAUGAAUAUUGUCUCUGCGGCUUCCUUUAACGAUCGCCCCAAUCCUGGAGAGGUAAUAGAAAUUCUGAACGAGCACCUCAAACCACCAGAGCCCGUAAUAGUACCCUAUGCAGAGUCUCGAGUCAAAUUGAAUGCAGCAUCGGAUCUCAAGAAACUGGGCUAUAAAACUCUUGCUAUGAAAUCCUCAGAAGCCUCCGAGAUUUUGGAUGAUCGGAUAGAUGAAUUUUCAGGUCUCGUGAGGGAUCAAUACAAUAUAGAUGAGGCUGAAUUCGGUAGUGCAGCUAGCCAAAGCACCACGGAAAUCGUUGCCGUUGGCCGAAUUGCGUCGGAUUCCUCGGAAGGUAAACUCAAUGCGGCAUCUCUCGUCUUGGAGACUUCGAGGCGGACUGGGGGAGGCCUAAGAAUUCCCCUGAACUUACAAAAACUUAGUGGCCGUUACCAAUUUUUCCCGGGACAAAUCACUGCGUUUAGGGGUAUUAACUCGUCUGGCAAAGAAUUUGCCGUCCGGGAGGUGCUUGAAAUGCCUUUGCUUCCUAACGCUGCAUCCUCCCCAAUGGCUAUCGAAGCUCAUCGGGAGAGACUUCGGGGUGGACCAGAUGCGAUGGAGUCGGACGACGAACCGGCGCCAUUGAACGUGAUUAUUGGCUCGGGUCCUUAUUCGGCUGAUGAUAACCUCGACUUCGAGCCCCUUCAUACUCUCUGCAGCCAAGCAGCAGAUACAUGCGCUGACGCUUUAAUUUUGACGGGGCCAUUCAUCGAUGUCGACCAUCCCUUAAUUGCCACAGGCGACUUUGAUCUCCCAGAGGAAGCGGGAGACCUUGACUCUGCGACGAUGUCUACUGUUUUCAAGUACAUGAUUUCCCCGGCCUUGAACCGACUCGUUGCAUCUAACCCCACUAUUACCAUCCUCUUGAUACCAUCUGUACGCGACGUGGUCGAUAGACAUGUUUCUUGGCCGCAAGAUCUUAUCCUCAGGAAAGACCUGGGAUUGGCUAAGGCGGCACGUAUAGUAGGUAACCCGAUGACCCUAUUUAUUAACGAGAUGCUUCUUGGGAUCUCGUCCCAAGAUGUUCUCUGGGAUUUACGUCACGAAGAACUUGUUGGUGGCCGAGCCGAAGAAUCCAACUUUUCUUCGAGGGCCCCACGAUACCUAAUCGAGCAACGGCAUUACUUCCCAAUAUUCCCCCCGGUAGACCGGCAGAAGCUACCUAAGGCAGGCACCGAAGAUGGACUACCCACCGGUGCUAUGCUUGAUUUGAGUUACCUAAAACUCGGCGAGAUGAUGGAUGUCAGACCAGACGUCAUGAUUGUGCCGAGCGCUCUGCCUCCCUUUGCAAAGGUUGUGGAGAGCGUUCUAGUGAUCAACCCAGGAUAUUUGUCGAAAAGGAGAGGUGCAGGCACGUAUGCUCGGAUGACAUUAUUUCCGCCGAAGUUAACAGAUGAAGAAUUGGAUAAGGGAGGCAUGGUACAUCACAAGGUCUUUGAAAGGGCUAGGGUUGAGAUCACGAGGAUAUGAGUAUCCCUAUAGAAUUCACUGCAUUAUACCGAAUCCCAAGUAAUAAGAGAGAGUGAGAGUAGCGAGAUACCACUAGGCAUUA